CAGGCUUCUGCAAGGCUGAAAGGCAGAACAGCCUCAGUCCAAAGACUGAGAUAAACCAUUUGGGACGAAUUAAUGGGAGAGACUUCUUGCUUUCUGCCAUUUAGAACUGCAAUUCUGCCUGCAUCUACUGAUUAAAAAGAUAACUCGGCAAGCAUGCUCGUUCUUCUCAAUUCAGCCCCAGGGAUGGAGUGGGGACCUUUACAGAGCAGUUGUGAUUCCUAGAACUAAGAGUUUGACCUGCUCCUUUGAUCCUCAUAAAGGCUCAGCUGUUAACAACCAUCAUGGCUGCUAUUGGUUUGGGAAACGUGUUUUAUAUUUCACUGAUCCAACAGGAGGGAAAACCGUUUUAUCCAUGCUGAAAGGAAGACCUGCCGGCUGCUAUCCCGAGACUGGAAGCUCACCUCCUGCCUGUCAGACCUGUCACUGUGUAACACAAGUUGCCAGAAUAGGUGAUGGAUGACCAGAUGGAGAGCUCUUGGACUCUAAUAAACAGCUUUUGUGAGGCACAACGUACCAACUAGUUGAAAACUUCCACUGUCUCCAGAAACGUGGGAAAGUCAACUGGACUAAUAUCCAGAGAACAUCUCUGGGAACAGCUCACUUAUUACAGAACUGGCUAUCUCAGCAACCCUUGGGAGAGAGUCUGUCAAUUGCUUCAGCAGACAUGGAUUUGAAUCAGCUGGAGGCUUUUCUUACUGCCCAAACCAAAAAACAAGGUGGCAUCACAUCAGAUCAAGCUGCAGUCAUUUCAAAGUUUUGGAAGAACCACCGAAUAAAGAUCCAUGAGAGCCUGAUCAGUCAAAGUCGUUGGGAUAAUGUCUUGAAAAACAUGAACUGGCGGGUGGAUCUGAAGUCACAGUCAAGACACACUGAUCAGAUAAACACUCCUGUUGCAAUAGUUGAAAUGGAACUGGGAAAAAAUGGGCAGGAAUCAGAAUUUCUCUGUCUGGAGUUUGAUGAGGCCAAAGUGAGCCAGAUGCUGAAGAAACUCUCGGAAAUAGAGGAGAGCAUGACUUUGUUGACGCAGACCACUUAACUCUUACAGCAAAUAGAUUGCAACUCAGAAAA